CGCAUGUGUCCAAGAAAAUCUUCGUCAUGCACCCUUCCAAAUAUGCAUGAUUGUCCAAGUGUAGAUUCCUACGGGUUUUUCUGGUGGAAGAAAAAGCAUACAAGUUUUCCACCUUAGAUCUUCAGAAUAUGCAGAAUAAAGAUGCUUUUUCCUUGGUGCUAGAUUGGGCAAUUGGGAACCAUACAUGCGAAAAUGCUAAGAAUAAUACUACAGGAUCAUACGCAUGUAAGGCAGCGAAUAGUAAUUGUUACAAUUCUAAAAACGGUCCUGAGUAUCUCUACAACUGCUCCUCGGGCUAUCAAGGAAACCCAUAUAUCUUUGAUGGUUGCCCAGGCAUAAGCAUAAGUCUCCUGGUCUUGCUUUUGGGAGGUUCUUCAGUACUUUUGGGAUUGAAAAGAGGAAAGCUCAUCAAACUCCAAGAAAAGUACUUCCAACAAAAUGGUGGCUUAAUGUUACAAGAACAUAUUUUGAAUCAUGGAAGGUCUAUGGAGACAACGAAAAUCUUUAGUAAUGAAGAGCUUAAAAAGGCCACCAACAAUUAUGAUGAGAAUAGAGUCCUUGGCAAAGGGGGUUAUGGAACUGUUUACAAAGGUGUAUUAUCCGAUAACAAAGAGUUUGCCAUCAAAAAGUCCAAACUCUGUGAUAAGAGCCAAAUUGAACAAUUUAUAAAUGAGGUAAUUUUGCUUACUCAAAUCAAUCAUAGAAAUGUGGUCAAACUAUUAGGUUGUUGUCUUGAAACAGAAGUUCCUUUACUUGUUUAUGAAUUCAUCACAAAUGGGACUCUUUAUGACCAUAUUCAUGAUAUAAGUCGUGCUUCUCCUCUUUCAUGGGAGAAACGUUUGAAGAUAGCAACAGAAAUAGCAAGAGCCCUUUCAUACCUACAUUCUGAAACUUCUAUGCCAAUUAUACAUAGAGAUGUGAAAAGUACUAAUAUACUAUUAGAUGAUAACCACACAGCAAAAGUGGCUGACUUCGGAGCUUCAAGGUUGAUAGCUCUUGAUCAAACAGAAAUAACCACCUUGGUACAAGGAACUCUUGGGUACUUAGACCCUGAAUACUUCCAAACUGGCCAGCUAACGGAAAAAAGUGAUGUGUACAGCCUUGGUGUUGUGUUGGCAGAGCUGCUGACAGGUGAAGAGGCAAUUUCUACCAAUAGGCCUGAAACUUAUAAAAACCUAGCAAUGUAUUUUGUUUCUGCAGUGAAAGAGGAUCGUCUAUUUCACAUUCUUCAGGAUCACAUUUUCAAUGAGGGUAAUAUUGAGCCAUUAAAGAAAGUUGUUAAUCUUGCAAAAGGGUGCUUAAGGUUAAGAUGGGAGGAUAGGCCUACUAUGAUGGAAGUGGCCAUGGAGCUUGAAGGAUUGAGAAAUAUGGAAAAGCAUCUAUGGGGAAAAGAUAAUCAAACCACAGAAGAAACAGAAUACUUGCUCAGAACACCUACACUCCCUUUUAACAUUGAUAUUGGCAUUGGUUCUUCUGCAAGUGCAGUUAAUGGACAUGAUAGCAUGAUAAACCAACUCUUGAAACCCCUAGAUGAUGGCCAAUAAGUAGUUAAGUCCACAAUAAUUGAUUUAUAUAAAUCAAUGAGAUCCAUUCAUGAACUUCUACAUACCUAUUAAUCUUGAGUAAUAAUGUUGUAGACUCUAUCACAGAUCAUUUAGUAUCGUUUUUGGUUCUCUCGCUUUUACCAAAUUUCUGUAGUUGGAUGUAACUUGUAAUAGUUUUGUGUUCCUCUCG